AUGUUUACGCUAUUUUUGAAGAAGCUUCGUUCAUUAACGAUGAAAAGUUAAAUCAUUUUAUUUAAUUUGUUAACCCUAAUUUUAGUACUUUCAGUUGGUUGGAUAAACUAUUAUGUUUAAACAGAAAUAUUUUCUGCAAUAUCAUCAAAUUCAUUAUCUCAAAUACUUUAAAUAUAAGAUUAAGAUUAGAUUGGCUUUUUAGCAUAAAAUUUAGGCUUAGUAAUAGAAACAAAAUUUAUGGCAGGUUUGAAUUUAAAUAAUAUAAAUAGUUCUUUAAUAGAUGGAAUAAAUAAAUCAUUUCUAUAGCUUUUUUCAAAGAGAAAAAGAAAAUUUAAUUAAUUAUUAAUAAAUGGAUCCUUGCAUAUCAAUAAACGAUUUUCUUAAGAAUAACAUAUCAUUCUAUGUUCCAAAAUUCUGUUAUUAAGCUAUUGGAGUUCCUGAUUAUAUUAGUAUACCAAAUAGCGAAAAAGAAGUCUAUAUUCUUCAAGAUUUUCUUUCUUUAUUAAAUCAUUAUAGCUUAGUUCUAGAUAGAUCAUUGGCAGGAAUGAUUUAAGUAGCUUCAGUGUCAAAAACUAAGUAUUUUAGUCAGUUUCCUUUUUGUUUUUUACUACCUUGGUUUGAUAUUACCUAAUUGCCAUGGUAAAUUGAAAUUUUAAUUUAGGUAUUAAAAUCAUUUGUUGGAAUCAGGCUAAAAUAAAGGAUUUAUUUUUUCACCUUUAAAUGAUUUCUUCAUUACAAAAAUUAAAGAAAUGUCAAUAACAAGUUCUAUUUAUCAUAAUGGUUAAAUAAUCGGAAUCAUAAGGGAAGGAUUAAUUAUUAAUGAUUAUCUUAUACCUAUUGUUCCAUAUAAUGUAUUAUUAUUGGAUCAUGAGGGUUUAGUGGUUUAUUUUAAUAUAGAAUAAUUACGAAAUAAAACUGAUUACUUUUAUAUAUAUGAAGAAAAUGUGACUGGCUUUAAUAAAACUGAUUGGAAAGAAAUGAUUCAAUUUUCUAAAAAAGAUGAUAAAAUCAUUUUAGUUUUAGAAAAUAAAUUAUCUUAAGAGAAAGUAAAUGUAUAUUCUUUAGAAGUUUUAAAAAAUAAUUUUACUCUAGUUGUGUAUUAUAUAUUAUUUAUAAUAGAUAUACAAAUAUCACUACUAAACUAGAUUCAUAAAAUAAAUCAGCAGCAAUACAGGAAAAAUCUUUUUUUAAUUUUACAAUUUCUCUUUUUGCAUAAAUAAUUUUAGGGUUAGCAGCAAUUAUCAUUUAGAUUUUUGUAUUAAUUAUUGUUUUUAGACCUUUAAGAUAAUUUAGCAAAAUUAUUAAAUAAUAUACACUAUCUUAAGGUAAUAAUAUUAAUAGUUAAAUUUUUAAAAUGAUUAAUAAAAAUUCAUAAAGAUCAGAUGCAGUGUCUACUUUAUAAAAUAAAAUAAUCAAUUUUUCUUAAACCUUAUUUAAAAGCAAGGAAAGAAAAUGUGAUAUGUGCAAAAUUUGGGAAUCCUUUUCAUAUAAUUUAAAAGAAUCUGAUUUUGAUCUAGAUUAAAUUAAAAAUCAAUUUUUAAAUUUAAAAAAUGGAUAGCAAGAGUUCAAUCCUAAAAUGUUAAAAAUAAUAAAACUAGGAAUAAAUUGA